AUGUCGCAAAUAACUUCAAAUAACUUCAGAAAUACGUUCGUCACCAGCACACAGAUGAAAAAGAAAACAAAAGGCUUGGGAAAAAUCUGCAAUGCCGUUAAUCGCGUAAACCCAUCAGUUAUAAGAACAAUUUCGGAACUUAAAAAGAAAGGGCAAGACAUAAAAUCAUCCACUAAAACAAAAGAAGCAUUACGAAGAAAAGAAAUGAAGAAAAGUGGAGGCGGUAAAGUUUGUUUUGAUACCCUGGACGAAACAGAGCAAUUUGCUGUUGGGAUUAUUGAUGACACUGCCAUCGAAGGUGUUGAGGAGGACAUUGGCACGUUUGUCGGCGAGCCAUCCACGUCUACAGCUGUUGUGAAGCAUUAUGUCCAUGUAGAUGAAGUUGUAAAUGAACUAGCAGCCAUCGAAGACAUCAUUACUAAAUCAGAGUCCUCAAAAUCGAUGACAUCAACAAAACAAAGAAAAUAUCCGAAAACCUUGAACGAAAAUAAUGAUGAGGAACUAAUAAAAAUUGAAAAAGAAAGACUGGAAAUCGAGCGUCAACGAUGGGCUGUUGACAAAAAGACGUCUUGAGCAGAAACUCAAAAUAAAGAAACUGAAAAUGGCAAUUCAAUUCCCUGAAUACGCUGCCUAUUUCAA